AUGGUUCACCAUUUGACAUUUCGACAUGCAUGCAUUAUUGCAUCACUUCUCCCUCCAUUAGCACUAAUAAUUUGUGUAAUAUUAUGUAUAUCAACGCAUUCCUGUAUUGCGACACAUUGUACGGAUUCUAAUUUUCUACCAUCACUGAGCGCAGCCGUGGGUGACGAAGAACCUCAGAAAACAAUAUGGCGUAUCUCAAUUUUCAGCAGCUCAGCAUGGAGAUUUGUGAUUUUAGUCAAUAGCUGUAUAAAUUUUUGGACGUUUUUUAACAUAAUUGGUGACGGAAAAUAUCUAUGGCAUGCUGCUCUGCUAUGUUUUUCAAGUUCUGUUGAAAUAUUUGCUCUGAAUAUGCUAACCCUUUGGUCAUCGUCAACAAACUUCAUUCAGCAUCGCAACUCUUUUUGCAUCUUCGUUUUAUUUUCUGUGAUCUACAUGACCACUGAUGUUUAUUUGUCGCAUCUGGUCAUGCAACUUCUUAAGAAUUCUUUCUUGGGUGAUAUUUUGAAGACGAAGACACGUGUUUUUGUGAUCUAUCUAACCUGCCUCUUGGUUAUAAUGUCUUCUUACUACGUCCAUAUAACGUAUUGUCCACCAUAUGCUUAUACGGUAUUCGCAGCAUUUGAAUAUGUUGCAAUUUUCGCCAAUGUUGCCUAUCACUAUACAGCUGCACGUAUUUAUGAAGAUAUGUCAAUUAGUGAAAUGAUUUAUUACUUUUCUACUGGUCGAACUAUCCCGUUGAUAAACAUGAAACCGAGCCUACCACUGUACAAAUGA